AUGACAAGAAUUUGUUUUCAGUGUACUAUCGAAGAGCCAAGACUCACUGGAGAAGUAAUUGGUAAGGCAAUCCUGCGUGUGUUAAAGAAUGCCGGAAUGAAUCUUGAGGCAGCCAUCGGCCAAAGUUACGAUGGUGCCACAGUUGUGCACGCAUCAAAGUUGCCAGUUGUGAGAAAUAUGAUAAGCAGAGUGAAAAAAGUGACAACAUUUCUGUCUAAGAGCAACAAAAAGAAGGCGAUCCUUGCUAAAGCUGCAGAUAUAUCAAAAGCUCAAGGUCAGAGUGGUUUACAAUCGCUUUGUGAAACCAGAUGGGUGGAACGGGUGACAACUCUUGAGAGGUUUGUUACGAAUUACGUCGUAAUCGUGAGAGCGUUGAUGGCAAUUAGCCGAUGGAGAGACACAGAUGCAAACCAAAAGGCGAAAUCUCUACUUAAUGGUAUUACAAACAGCACUUUCGUAGUAACCUUAUUCAGUUGUGUUGCAGUAUUGAACAACAUUGACAACUUGUCGAAAAAUCUUCAGAAGAAAAACACUAGCUUGCGGGAAGCCAUGCUGCAUGUUCAGGAUAUAAUUGCAACAUUAGAAAAUGACCGUAAACUUAGCGAAAUUAGAUUCACCACCUUAAUGAAGUGGAUUAAUGACACCGUGGCUUGUCUAAAACUCGAAAUAACCCCACCUAGGGUUUGUAGCAGGUCCUGUUACCGUAGCAAUCCAGAUGUAUCAUCUGGAUUCGAUUAUUUCCGAGUAGCUGUGUAUAUCCCUUUCAUUGACACCAUUCUAGCUCAACUAAAGUUUCGGUUUAACGAUAAAUCGAAGAUAGCUGGUAUUUUUGACAUUUUACUUCCUUCAUCUUGCCACAAAUAUGGAGAAUCCGUGGAUGAGUUCCAAACUCUAUGGAAGACAUACUCAGAGACGCUGACUGCUAACAACGUUAGAUGUGCAGAUGUAAUGAAAGCAGUCGCGGAGUAUAGACAGUGGGUCUGCAAGUGGAAGCGUGAAUUUGAUGACAAGUCUCCAACUGACCAUAUAGCUACUGUCAAACAUUGUGAUUGUUCCCUAUAUCCAACCAUUCAAGCACUCCUUCAAAUUGCAAGUAUUCUGCCUGUUUCGACAGCAACAGUUGAACGUUCUUUCUCUACUUUAAGACGUCUGAAGACAUACCUUCGCAACCGCACCUCACAAGAACGACUGAAUGGUCUCGCACUCAUGAAUAUUUAUAACACAGUAGCAAUUGAUACAGACCGCAUUAUUGACAGGUUUUCAAAGACACAAUCACGACGUUUGGUGUUGAUAUAA